AUGAUAGCGAGUGGAGAGAUGGUCCAUUUAAUUCAAGGUUUGGCGGAUACAGCCGCCGUCUGGGUGAAGUCGAUCAAAUCCUCACUGAGCCUUUUCAACCAUCUCUCCUUCAUCGUGGACACCUUCACUGGGCAGCUGCUGCUAUUGCGCGAGGUCUAUCCUGUGAUUGUACCAUCGGCCACUUGUAGACAUGGACCAAUACUGGCCUCUACCAAGAUUCUCUACGGAAACUUUUCAGGACUCAGCGAUCAAAUGAUGCUCCCGGGACUUGCUUCGAAAUACUCACGGACUCUUUCCCUGAGGUCGGCAUGUCUUGGGGCCUUCAAACACCUUGUGGAUGGCACCAUGGCAUCAGGUAGGAAGCAGGAAGUCCGGACUGCGGUUUUGGGAAGCCUGCCGGAGACUGUCUCGGUAUCCAUCGCUCAUGCUUCUUGUACAAGCGACUGCACUUCAAUCGCUCUUGACUUAUCUCGCUACUCCAUGCUUCUCUUCUCCUCGCAGAGAGCUUACAACACAACCUUACCCCCAGCGAGCGAACAUUCAGGCAGUAUAGCGAACCUUCGCAUAUCCAUACCCUUCGUAUACCAGCAAUCAACAUCACUCUCAUUGCAGCAGCAACGUACCCCCUCGAACCUCGGCGGUGACGACAGCAACCAAGGAUCAAUCCCGCUCUUCACAAGUUUUCAGGCCCGUGAGCGUCAAGAGGCCUCAUCCGCGAGCAGCCCAACGAGCAGCAGUCCGCCAGGGCCUCCUCGCACCACCACUGUGAACAGUACCGCCAUAACGCUCGUGAACAACGAAUUCGAGGACGAUGAUGCAUUUACAAUCGUGUCUUCCACAACGGCACCUAGGCCCCGGAGACCACAACUUCCGACUUUGGGCGAAGAGCUUCAUGAAAUCUAUGAACUAAUGCCGAGGCUAUCAUCCUUAGGUCCCUCCUGGCUUCAAGAUCCAUGCCACAAUGCUAUGAUACGCGUGAGCCAAAAGCUCCGAUCAGACUCCUUUCCCGCGUGGAUCGCUCGCCUGCAAUUCCGCUAUGUGAUCGAACAGCUGAGCUACCACACCGACAACACACUCGAAUUCGACCAUAGCGCAUUCCGCGGCUGGCUCCAUUCGUUCGGUAGGAACUUAGCCCAUAUGGAAAACUUGGACAUCACUGUCCCAGAGGCCCCGAUAGCGAACGCCUGCGCUCAAUCGAUCAAUCCAACCUGCCACAACUCGAACCCCCAUUGCAGAAAAUUCCACUACGUGUACCUUUUGCGAAUCACGGUGCUCAAGGGACGCUACCGCAUCCAUUACUGCUCGCGAGGAUCGGACGACGGAGCGUGCCCUACGUGUUCGAAGAAAUUCCGCGACAGGGCGUGCUGGUGGAAAGCGGCGGAGAUCUUGAGGGUUCUUGUUUCGGCUUUUGGGCGUGUGGGAGUUACACUUCUGCCUAACGACCCACGUCAUGUCGAUGUGCACACUGCUGUGCUGCAGAGAUAUCUGCCGUAA